AUGAGUGAUGUCGCGGAUGAGGAACAAGAGCCAGUGACCCGGGUUGAGGAAGCUCCACCAUACAAUCAGUUGCCAGCAGAAGAAACACGUUACGCUUUAUUCACCGAUGGUUCUUGUCGCGUCAUAGGGAUGAAACGGAGGUGGAAAGCAGCUGUAUGGAGUCCCACUCGACGGGUUGCGGAGGCUACUGAAGGAGAAGGUGAAUCCAGUCAAUUUGCUGAAAUCAAAGCUAUUCAACUGGCCCUAGGUAUUGCAGAGAGAGAGAAGUGGCCAAGGCUCUAUUUGUAUACCGAUUCUUGGAUGGUAGCCAACGCUCUAUGGGGAUGGCUGAAGAGAUGGAAAGAGGCGAACUGGCAGCGCAGAGGAAAACCAAUUUGGGCUGCAGAAGAGUGGAAAGAUAUCGCUACUCGGUUAGAGAAGUUACCUGUGAAGGUUCGGCAUGUAGAUGCCCAUGUCCCCAGAAGUAGAGCUAAUGAAGAGCAGCAAAACAACCAGCAAGCUAAACGGCUGAAGCCCCUCUGGUACGGUGGGCGGUGGUCUAAGUACAAAUACGGGGGAGGCCUGGCAGAUUGA